CGUAAGUAGACGCGCAAUGUCUGAGUACUCGGAAAUCUAUAAUAUCCUUCUACUGGAUCUUUGGGCACCGCCCUACUAUGCAUGGUCUUUCUAUCGAUGUACGUCUAGACAUCCGCAUUUACUCUCAUCGCCAUGGAGCCGUCCCCCCUCGUGCAGGAUACCCGGCCUGAUAAUUUCACGCCGAAAGUCGUGCAGCUCUACGAGCAGUUGUUCAUAGACGAUGUAGAAGACUUCGAAGAUUCUGAGGGAUUCUGGCAGGAGUUCUUUCUCCACCGGCCGGAGUCUGCAUAUCUCAAGCGCAUUUUAGGCGACUUGCGAGCAGAACAUUUACUUCAGUUGCAAACGCAGUCUCAAAACCUGUUCCGGCGAGCAAUUAGUACCGCCAAAGCAAGUAGGAGUCCUUCGGACGAAAUAGCACUCGAUACCUUGACAGUAUUCCUAGGCGCCGUGCUAAGCAAACGAUACACCAAUCCAUCCUCUGACAUCAUCAGUGUGCUAGCAGGCCUCAACGAUGCCGACAAAGUUUUGAUGGAAUUUGUUGGAGUUCUGGAAAGCAUAAUACGAAAUGGCAGGAGUAUGGAAGUCAGACAAAAAGCUGUGCAGACUGCAUUGGCAAUGACUAGUGGAGCAUGGGGAACCGGGCUUAUCAGCUAUUUCACUCAUAGAGACCUAUUCCCUGCUAUCAUGAAAUGCGCACUCGACGCGGAUGAUAGCAGCCAUAUUGUCUCUCCGUUCCUACUUCUUGGUCUCCUCGCAAACUACAACAAGUUUGAGUUUCAGAACCCUUACAGAUUGCGAUUAGACGACUUUGUCAAUGAUCAGGCAAUCAAGAAGGUUGUCCUUUGUGUAGGCUCUACAUGUGCCUCGACAAGAGACCGGUAUAUCGCGGUACAAGAGGACCUUCCCGAAGGCUGGGGUAUAGGGAGCACCCUCCAUAUGAUUGGGCUAGGAGCCCUUGCGCCUGGCUCACGAGCAACAACACCAACGCCAUCAGCCGAAGAGGCUAAAGAUUUAUUUAUGGCUCUACCCGACCCAGAAGCCGGUAUUCUCCUGUCCACUUACGACUUUGCCAACGCCAAUAAGCUCUUCUGCUUUAACCUCGUGACAUCUAGUCCGGCAAGUCCUACUUCAGCAUCACCGCUUAGCUCUUUCCUCUCCCUAACAUCUUAUCUUUUUCAACACGCACACCGUACAGCUCGCGCUUCUGCGUAUACGUACCUCAGUCUCUUCACCAUACAGAUACUGAUAGAGGAUCCUGGACUGAUGAAGCGAUUAUGUGGGGAUGAUAGCAAGACUGCCGUACGACUAUGUCGCCAACGGCCACCGUAUCUUCCUGUUAUUAGAGGCGAUCGGAUAGUGGUAUCUACCAUACUUGAUAUCGUUAUGGACGGUGUUAACCAUAAUUUGCGACGACGUCUCGACGUACAAUUCUACACACUAUGCCUAGGAGUCUUACUUCGAAUCAUCUCACACUUAUCUCGUACACGCACGCGGUUGACUUACCACUGGUCGGAGCUAUGGAGAUCGUUACUAUCCUUCAUCCGCUUUCUUACUAUUUAUGCCGACGAUGUUCGCUCGCUGCCAUACUCAUCGGACGUCGUUUCGUUAUUGACAACGAUCAUUGCACUCUCCUUGGCAUCAGGAGAGGCCUUCCUUCCGGACCCAGCUGCGUACGACGACCUAUUUUACAAGCUUGUGGAACUCGGGGAGAAGCUCACUGAAUUUCGAGACGCGUAUAGUCUAGACAAGAACGAGAGCAUGAACACAUUGAUUGGAGUGAGCGCGCACUACAAGACACUGUUGGAGGAGAAAGGCAGCAAGAAGGGUCAUCUCAGCCCAAAGGAAGUGCAAGGCGUCAUCAAGACUGGAUACGAAACGUUGAGCAUCGAGGCGAGAGAAGGCCUAGACGCGUGGGACCGGUACCGAGAGAAUGAAUGGAGAAACGUGUUGAAGAGGAUAGGGAGGGUAGUGGUAGCAGACGGCAAAGCUUUUGUGCACGAGUGAGCUAGACAAGGACUUUAGGCCAUGCUCAGUUCCCAUGAGUGACGUUCAACCGAUGUAGAAUUUCCCGGCAGUCAUCUGGAAUCGAGUGAUGUUCGAACUAUAUCAGUCACAGACUCUCCCAGCACCGAGCUUGCAUACAGGUUCAAUGGUCUUGCCAGAGAGUCGUGCUCGGGUUCCUCUGGAGGUCGUGCGACGGGGAGGCGAAGUGGACCCUGUGGUAUUCUAGCU